GCUUUGAGACAAUGUCUGUUGUGAAAAGCACUAUAGAAAUAAAGUUGAAUUGACUUGACUUGUUGAACAUCUGUUAUUAGAGAUGUGGCAGUCAAUGUUGGUAAAAAGAGUUUAGAGUCUGUUUUCAAGUGUCACAGUUAUUCCCUUUCUAAUUAUAAACUUUUUCACCCUUUCAUGUUGUGAUUCUAAGGCUAAUCACCAUUUUUCAGGAGCUUUUUGAAUCAUCUCAGUAGGCCUGGAGAACUUGAGUCUGGUCUUACACAACUUGUAGUGGUCUUGGACUUGUAAUUUGUACCCAGAUUUGUCUUGGUCUCAGACAUUGUUAACUAAGGUUUUGGUCUUGACUAAGACUUGUAGGAAUACAUGAGGUAUUGAAAGAGAAUUACCUAAUUCUACUAAUUAGUUGUUAAUUAACUUUAGGUUAAUAAAGACAAGAAACUAAUUUAACGUUAAUAUGUCAUGAGCGUCUAUGUUGUUGAAAUGUCAGGUAUCAUUGCUAAAGUGUGGCAAAAAAAGAAAUAUUUUCAUUUGAUAUUACAACCAGGUUAUUCCAGUAGUGUUUUGCUGCCCAGUAGGUACUGAAUGAAAUGCAAACCACUAUGCAUAAAAUGAACCUACUAGCUGAAAGUAGUUGUACAACAAAAAGCAUCUUACAACAUUCACAAGUUGAGCAUAUUUCAAAGAAUUUAAUAAUAUCAUAUUUAACUUCAUAUUUUACCUCAUAUUUUCAAUAAAUGUGAAAAAUGAUUAUUAAUAAUACUAAUUACUUAUAUUUACAGUAAAUUGUUUUAAGCUGACUAAUUGUAACUUCAAACUUUUCUAUUGUACACGACACGUUUUUUUUAUCCGUCAUUCAUGUUCUGUUCUUUUGUGCCUGACUUGUAUCUCUUUGUUUCUGCUCAAGGAAAUUCGUUGAGAAUAGACCUGUUUUACGUACUUCUAAAACUGUUUCCAUCAAUAGCUUUGUGCUCUGUAUCCACACAUUUCCCACAAUAGUCAGCUACUUGACAUGCGUGUUCCUAAAAGAAACCCAACACUAUUUUUUAAGGAUUUUGUUUUACAGUGCUGCAUGAUGGAAAAAAUGCAGGAACAAAGAAAGAGGGAUGGUUCCUUAAUGCUCAUUGACCCAACACAAAGCAGUAAAAUUAUAGUGCAGUUUCUGUGAGAUUUUUAAUUAAAGGUUAAAAAAUGUUAUUGGACACCACUUAAAAGUUCCAGCAAGGGGACACGAUUGAAUGUUUAAUCCUAAAUUCAUUUCCUCAUGUUAUUCAAAGUAGGGGACUUGUUCUGGUUAUAAAAAAGCAUGGCAGGAAGGAGUCCUUUACAGUCUGGAUACAUUUUUGAGGUUGCAUUUUUGAGGUGGACGCAUUCAGAGAUGGCUCACUACAGUAUCAUUAUAUGUAUUUUGGUAUUUAUUUCAGGUGAUUUUGGCUCCGUCUCAACCCAAAGCCCAAAUGUCUGCAAGACCUAUGGCAGCGGGGUCAUGCAGACUUUCAAUAAUACCAUGUUCCAUGUGAAAUCCACAUGUCUUGUAAUACUGACACAAUUCUCUCAUGCGGGAGUUGACUGUUUAAUCUCUGUGCAACGUGAUACGAAUGGUGUCAUGAAGAAAGUCGAGAUUUUGGUGAAUAAAAUUGCUACCGUCAUUCAGGAUGGCAUGCUCAAUGUGGAAGGAGAAAGCAUCUCUCUGCCGUAUGACCACACAUAUCAAAGUGUGUAUGCAUUCGGCAUUUAUACCAGGUUUAAAAGCAAAGUUCUGCCAUUUUCUGUCACGUGGUACAGUGUAUCUAAUGGCGUCACAUCACUUUGGGUGCAGUUGGAUCUGCCUUUAAUGGAUGAGAUGAAUGGGAUAUGUGGGAGACUAAACAGCUCAGAAACUCACGCACAGCUUCUUGAUAGCAAUGUCAUCCGUAACGAGAUGUGUGUGAUUGAUGAUGCCCAGCCAGUAGAUGACAAGAUUUGUAAAGAAUUUAAAUCCCAGGCCAGAGAGUGCCUGGGCACAAAGCUUAAUAUAUUUGACCAACUCUGCAAACUAAACAUGUAUAUUAAUGUACAUCAGUCUGCAAAGUGCUCUUUCUAUGAAGAAUUCCUAAGCACAUGCUCAAACCUCCUGCAACCAAAACUGCGAAACAUAACGUCAUGUCGGGAACAUCAAUGUCCUGGAGAUUUGCAUUUUAAGGUUAUUGGUGCUGCAUUUCCUCCCACCUGCUCCAACCCACAGCUUCAGACAGAAUAUCAAACCAGUACAUGUCUUCCUUCAGACGGUUUGGUUCUGAAUGAUCGAGUUAAAGGAUACCACAGUGUUAAAGUAGAAGACUGUCCUUGUGUUCACAGGGGAAACAUAUAUGCCCCUGGGGAAAAACGCAGCUCAAAGUGCCAGACUUGUAAAUGCAUAAAUGGGAAAUGGACCUGUUCAGCAAACACCUGUCAAACUCCAUGUGUUAUUGAAGGCUGGUUUAUCACUACCUUUGAUGGUAAACAAUAUUCUCUGCCCGGAAAAUGUACCUAUGUGGCUGCAAGGGGACUCAACUGGACUGUGACCAUCAAGGUUUCUGAUAUGAUUAUAAAAGAAAUGUACCUUGAUGUGCAUGAGGAAAGAUAUACUUUCUCCUCAAACAAAGUACAACUAAGGGAAAAUACAAUUGCAAUCACAGAUCUGUCACAAACUGAGUAUGUCACAGUCUAUUGGGAGUCCUCAAUGUUUGUUAAGGUCCAGACAACAUUUGGAAUAAAGAUGCAAGUCCAGGUUUCUCCAGAAGUUCAAAUGUACUUGUAUCUGCCGCAAAAUGUAACAACUGCAGGCCUUUGUGGAUCAAAAAACAACAACACAGCAGAUGACUUCACUACGAGCAGCGGUAUUGUGGAAAAUUCAGCUCAGCCUUUUGCUUUAUCCUGGGCACUGGGAGAGUGCAUGUCAAAUAAUCCUCCUGUAUGCAUCAACACUGACAAUGAGCUAUUUGCUGAAGAUAAGUGCAGCCAGCUGACAAACACAAGUGGCGUGUUUGGCAAAUGUCAUGACUAUGUUCCUGUCAACACUUAUUUUGAGGCCUGCAUUCAGAGAACCUGCCAUGCAACAACUGACUUACAAGUGCGUGCAUGUGUUGGCCUGGGAAACUAUGCUAAAGCUUGUGCCAGUCAGGGCAUCAUCAUUGGUGACUGGCGAGAAGAAACAGCUUGCAUUUACUCCUGUGACAGUAAUCUAAAGUUUGAUUACGCCAUGCGGGCAUGUAAUCAUACAUGCCGCUCAUUGUCUGGGCCUGACCCAACCUGUGACAUGUCAGAUGACCCAGUGGAGGGUUGCGGAUGCCCAUCUGGCACCCACCUAAACAUACCACUCAGGUGCAGCCCUCGUGCCCUCUGCCAUUGCAGCUACCCAGGUGGAACAACACCUUCAGGGCCCGUGGUUAUUGAUGGACGGCAAUGCAUGUGUGAAAAUGGAAAACUCCAGUGUUCGGACUUCUGUGACUGUCCACACAGACAAAUAUGUGUUCACUGUGCACAAGCACCAGUAAACACAACACAGAGGACAUGUGAAAGCCUAAGCAAGCCAUUUAGUGCUGAUAAGAGCUGUAUUAGUGGCUGUUACUGUCCAGAGGGCCAGUAUGCAGAUCAUACAGGUAGCUGUGUGAUUCGGGAGAAUUGCACAUGUGAAUUCAGUGGUAUAGUUUACGCAUCUGGGCAGAGUGUGGAAUCAAAUUGUAAAACCUGCACUUGCAGCGGAGGCCAGUGGGAGUGUAAUGGUGAUCCAUGCCCAGGAGUUUGCGAAGUGUUUGGCAAUGGACAAUAUAAGACCUUUGAUUCCAAAUGGUAUCGCUUUGAUGGCCACUGUCAGUACACUCUAGUUGAGGAAAUCUAUGGGUUAUUUUCCAUUAAAACGGAGAGUGUCCCUUGUUGUGACGAAGUUCUGACCUGCUCCCGUGCCAUCUCAGUGAAACUCAAGGAUGAAGUGGUUCUGAUAAUGCGUGAUAUGAAUGUAACUCAGAAUCUUUUAGAUGGGUGGCGCUUCAGAGCUCAGUCACUCUACUCUAUCCAUACUGUGGGCCUGUACAUCAUAAUCUCUGUGCCUGAACUGGGCCUAACUGUGAUUUGGGACAAGCAAACCAAAGUUAAAAUUGAGCUGCGUGCUUCAUGGAAUGGUAAAGUGCGGGGUCUGUGUGGUGACUUUGAUGGGAAGUUAAUGAAUGACCUGUUGACGAGCAGCUCCACUGUAGUGUUUAGCACACUAGAGUUUGGGAACAGCUGGAAGACAGCUGUGCCACCUUGUUCAGAUGUGACCCAGGAAUUGUUUCCCUGUGAACGUCAUUCAUACUGCGCAGCCUGGGCACAGAGACGUUGCAUGAUUCUACACAGUGACACGUUCCAACCAUGCCACCUAAAGGUUGAUCCAACGCCUUAUUACCAGGCCUGUAUACUGGAGUCAUGCUCCUGUGAUUUUGAAGGCAAGUUCCUGGGAUUCUGUACAGCUGUGGCAGCAUACGCUGAUGCCUGCACAACUCAAAACGUCUGUAUCAAAUGGAGAACUCCUGACUUGUGCCCGGUCUAUUGUGAUUAUUACAAUGAAGAGGGUCAAUGCAGCUGGCAUUACGAAGCAUGUCCUCCACAGAUCAAGACUUGUGGGAAAAACAACAAAUUCUCUGGAAAGCUUGAAGGUUGUUACCCACGGUGUCCUGCUGAGAUGCCAUUUUAUGAUGAAAACAGAAGAACAUGUUCAAGUUUGGACAACUGCACUUGUUUCUUCAACAACACUGUGGUUGAAUCUGGUACAAAAGUGACCACACUCAGUGAAAGCUGUGAUUGCAUUAAAGGGCAAAUGCUUUGUGAAGUUUAUACAACGACUACUAUAACCACAUCAACUCUAGAACCUACACCACUGACUACAACAGCAGAGACAUUUGUAACCACAUUAACACCAACGAUUACAACUAUAUCCCAAACUACAUCUCAAAUUAUUACAAAUUCAACAAAGACACAUUUAACAACUAACUCAACAACCCCAGAAAGCACAACUAAGGUAUCAGCAUCAACGACUCCACUUAUUACAACUUCAGCUACAACAGAACCAACAACGACCACAUCAACUACAGAAACCACAACUGAAAAAUCUGAAACUACAACUCCAGUUACUUCAAUACCUACACCAAAAACUACAAGUGCACUAACCACAGCUUCAACAGAGACACUGGUAACAACCACAACGACUCCAAAACCUACAACUAAUACAUUUGAAUCAACAACUCCAUUUACUGUAAUUUCAACUACAUCAGAAACACAAGUAACCACUCCAAUUACAGAAUUCACAACUGAAGAGCCUACACCUACAUCUCCAUUUACUACAAAAUUGACAUCUAUGACUGAGACCAGAUCAACUACAGCAAUUACAACUGAGGAACCUACAACUACAACUCAACUUAAUAAAACUUUAACUACUACAGAAACAACAGUAACCACAUUAACUCCAGAAAUCACGACUGAAAAAUGGGAAACUACAACUUCACUAACUACGACAGCUAUACCAAACACUACUAGUGCAAGCAUCACCACAUCAGAAACACCAGUGACCACUUCGAUUACAGAAUUCACCACUGAAGAACCUACGCCUACAUUUCCACUUACUACAACUACAACAGCGACCACAUCAACUCAAGAAAUUACAACUGGAGAACCUAAAACUACAACUCCACUUACAACUUCAACUGCAACAAAAACAAUAAUGACCACAUCAACUACAGAAAUCACAACUGAAAAGUCAGACACUACAACUUUGCAAACUACAACAGCUAUACCAAAAACUACAAGCGAACAUACCACAGCUUUAACAGAGACACCUGUAACAACCAAAAUGACUCCAGCAACCACUACUAAUGCAUUUGAAUCAACAACUCCAAUUAAUUCAACUUCAACUACACCAGAAACACCAGAAGCCACUUCAAUUACUGAAUUCACAACUGAAGAACCUACAACUACAUCUACACUUACUACAACUUCAACUACAACAGAAAUAACAGUGGACACAUCAACUACAGAAACCACACCUGAAAAAUCUGGAACUACAACUCCAGUAACUUCAACACUGAUACCAAAAACUACAAGUGCACCAAACACAGUUUCAACAGAGACACCUGUAAAAACCACAACGACUCCAAAAAUGACAACAAAUAAAUUUGAAUCCACAACUCCAAAUUUUGUAACUUCAACUACAUCAGAAACACCAGUGACCACUUCAAUUACUGAAUUCACAACUGAAGAACCUACAUCAUCAUCUACACUUACUACAACUUCAACUACAACAGAGAUUACAUCAACUACAGAAAUCACACCUGGAAAAUCUGAAACUACAACUCUAGUAACUUCAACACCUAUACCAAAAACUACAAGUGCACCAACCACAGCUUCAACAGAGACACCUGUAACAACCACAACAACUCCAAAAACCACAACAAAUGAAUUGGAAUCCACAACUCCAAUUAUUGUAACUUCAACUUCAUCAGAAACACCAGUGACCACUUCAAUUACUGAAUUCACAACUAAAGAAGCUACAACAUCAUCUACACUUACUACAACUUCAACUACAACAGAGAUGACAUCAACUACAGAAAUCACACCUGGAAAAUCUGAAACUACAACUCUAGUAACUUCAACACCUAUACCAAAAACUACAAGAGCACCAACCACAGGUUCAACAGAGACACAUGUAACAACCACAACAACUCCAAAAACCACAACAAAUGAAUUGGAAUCCACAACUCCAAUUAUUGUAACUUCAACUUCAUUAGAAACACCAGUGACCACUUCAAUUACUGAAUUCACACCUGAAGAACCUACAUCAUCAUCUACACUUACUACAACUUCAACUACAACAGAGACCACAUCAACUGCAGAAAUCACAUCUGGAAAAUCUGAAACUACAACUCUAGUAACUUCAACACCUAUACCAAAAACUACAAACGAAUCUACCACAGCUUUAACAGAGACACCUGUAACAAUCAUAACAACUCCAAAAACCACAACAAAUAAAUUUGAAUCCACAACUCCAAUUAUUGUAACUUCAACUACAUCAGAAACACCAGUGACCACUUCAAUUACUGAAUUCACACCUGAAGAACCUACAUCAUCAUCUACACUUACUACAACUUCAACUACAACAGAGAUUACAUCAACUGCAGAAAUCACAUCUGGAAAAUCUGAAACUACAACUCUAGUAACUUCAACACCUAUACCAAAAACUACAAGUGCACCAACCACAGCUUCAACAGAGACACCUGUAACAACCACAACAACUCCAAAAACCACAACAAAUGAAUUGGAAUCCACAACUCCAAUUAUUGUAACUUCAACUUCAUCAGAAACACCAGUGACCACUUCAAUUACUGAAUUCACAACUAAAGAAGCUACAACAUCAUCUACACUUACUACAACUUCAACUACAACAGAGAUGACAUCAACUACAGAAAUCACACCUGGAAAAUCUGAAACUACAACUCUAGUAACUUCAACACCUAUACCAAAAACUACAAGAGCACCAACCACAGGUUCAACACAGACACCUGUAACAACCACAACAACUCCAAAAACCACAACAAAUGAAUUGGAAUCCACAACUCCAAUUAUUGUAACUUCAACUUCAUCAGAAACACCAGUGACCACUUCAAUUACUGAAUUCACACCUGAAGAAACUACAUCAUCAUCUACACUUACUACAACUUCAACUACAACAGAGACCACAUCAACUGCAGAAAUCACAUCUGGAAAAUCUGAAACUACAACUUCAGUAACUUCAACACCUAUACCAAAAACUACAAACGAAUCUACCACAGCUUUAACAGAGACACCUGUAACAAUCAUAAUGACUCCAAAAACCACAACAAAUAAAUUUGAAUCCACAACUCCAAUUAUUGUAACUUCAACUACAUCAGAAACACCAGUGACCACUUCAAUUACUGAAUUCACAACUGAAGAACCCACAACAUCAUCUACACUUACUACAAAUUCAACUACAACAGAGACCACAUCAACUGCAGAAAUCACAUCUGGAAAAUCUGAAACUACAACUUCAGUAACUUCAACACCUAUACCAAAAACUACAAGUGCACCAACCACAGCUUUAACGGAGACACCUGUAACAACAGAGCUGGUUAAAAAACUGGGCCAACAACCACCAAUACUGCUAAUUCUCAAGUACCCCACAAAUACUACACCAGGAGCACCUACUGUUAAAACAACUAUAGAACCUACAACUACAACAACCACAGCAUCAACCCCAGAACUCACCACUAAAGCAUCUAAACCUACAACUACACUAACUACAGAACAACAGACACCUGUAACAACCGCAAAAAUCACAACUGUAACAGAGACAACAUUAGCCACCAAAAAAUCAACCCCAACAGAGACACCUGUAACCAAAACUUCAACACCACCAACUACUGUACCUAUAACUGAUUGCAAGGAUCUGAUAAAAAAUCAAACCUGGCCAGAGGGUUAUCAAUGGAAAGAGGACUGCUUUAAUAAAAUAUGCAUUAACAGUGUGAUUGAGUUGAGACCUUUGGUAUGUCCAACUCCAGUCAUGCCUGUUUGCCCAAGAGGAAUGCCACAACUGGUAAAAGAUGAGCAAGGCUGUUGUGAGACCUGGCAGUGUGACUGUCAGUGUGAUGUCUUUGGAGACCCACACUACACUUCGUUUGCUGGACAGGACUAUGACUUUCUGGAAAACUGCACAUACAUUCUGGUGGAGGAAAGGACUCCACGUCAAUAUCUCAGCAUCAUUGUUGAUAAUUAUUACUGUGAGCCAUUUGGUUCCUGUGCCAAGGGCAUCAUUCUGAAGUACCAAAACAACACAGUAACACUUCAAGUGAUUCAAAGUCCUGAUGAAAUGCCUGUAUUAGAAACUUCUCUGAACCAAGUAACAAUAAAACCCCCGUAUCGGGGAGAUGGACUUAGGUUUGAGAGCACCGAUGCAGAAGUCUACAUUUUCCUCGAAGAGAUCCGCUCAUACAUCUUUCUCAGUGUAUGGAACACACUAAAAAUCAAUCUGGCAAUGGAGCACUUCUUUAAUAACACACAGGGACAGUGUGGAGUUUGCGGAAGUGCCUCAUGUGUACGCAGGGAUGGAUCAGUUGAGAAUGAGGACUGCUGUGAUAAGACUGCAUAUGAAUGGAUAGUGGAUGAUCCAUUUAAACCAUACUGUCAACAGGCCCCACGGCAUGUCCCAUGUAUCCCUGACUUACCACCAAUACCACCUACUUCUCCACCGAUAGUACCACCCUGCGUGGCUCCUCUAUGCGACCUCCUUAGACAUGAACUGUUUGGCGAAUGCAGUAGGUAUAUUGAUGUGGAGAAUCUGGUGAACAGCUGCAACUUUGAUUACUGUGUGGCCCACACAAAUGCCACUGUGUGCUCCCCACUCGAGCAUCUAGCUAAUCAAUGCAAAAAGAUGGGAUUCUGUGUAGCCUGGAGAAACCUCACGAAAGGAAUUUGUGACAUUACUUGUCCUGAGGGAAUGAUUUUUGAUGAGUGCCGGAGCACCCCAACUGAUUACUGCCGUGGCGGUGUGCAUGUUCCGGGUUCAGUUUUGGACACAGCGAGGUCUGGUUGCUUCUGCCCAGAGAACCAGCUUCUUGCUGAGACACACAAGAAGAUCUGUGUAUCUGAAUGCACCAAUUGUAAAGGCCCACUGGGAGAACCAAUGCCGGUUGGGGCAAUAUGGGAGUCGAACUGCUACAUGUGCACAUGCAAUAACCAGACACUCACAGAAGAAUGCUGGCCAAAACCUUUAGCUCCAACUCCAAUAUGCAGUCCUGGCUCUGCUCUCAUCUCUGACUGCUGCAACAACCAGAUUUGUGUUGAGAAGACUUGCGAAUACAAUGGAACAAUAUAUAAGGUGGGUGAAACAUGGAGGGACCCCCAGAACACCUGUGUAACAUUUCACUGUACAAGUGAAGGCACUGAAAUAGAGACAAGCGUGUGUCCACAGCAGUUUUGUCCUGAGGAACUCCGUGUUUGGGAUGAGCAUCAUUGCUGCUACUCAUGCAACACAACAUGUGGAGUCAGACUGUCCAGAAUGACUGUUGAAAACUGUACUCAGGAGGUGAUGGUGCCCACCUGUGAAGGCAGCUGUGCAUCAAGCUCUGUAUUGGUGAGAUCUGGGAAUGAGCUGCAUUUGGACCAUAAUCAGUCCUGCUGCAGAGAGAAAAACUACGAGUUAAGGCAAAUUUCACUGGACUGCAGUGGAGCAAAAGAGACACAAUACACAUACAAAUACAUAACCAGCUGUGAGUGCCAACGUGAAGUCUGAACCCUCAAAAGUUUUACAAUGGCACUGUAAUGCUCAGAAAUGGGUCUGAGGUUUUGCUAAUUAUAUAUUGAAUGAUUUGUUUUCUUUAUAUAGGAUCGGGAUAUAUAGGUUAUUUUACAAAUAUAUAUAUAUACUUGAAUGAUUUGUUUUCUUUAUAUAGGAUCGGGAUAUAUAGGUUAUA